AUGGAUAGUAAUGAAGAUGAUCUAUCAAUUUAUUAUCAACGUUCAUCUCUUCUUUCAUCAUCCUUAACAAAUGUUCAUCGAAAAGGAGCACAUCAUCGUUUAGCAAUUAUUUUUAUUGAAAUAUUUAAAUUAUUAGCUACAUCACCUAUCAAUGGUGGUCGAUUUGAUAUUCAACGACAAAAUCGUAUUCUCUUAUUUUCUUCUUAUGCUGGUCAAUUAAUUCAUUUUGAACCUGAUAUAUAUGGCUUAAGUUGUCUUACACUUGCUUCAAUUAUUCUUAUUAAUCCUAAUAUAAUUCAUCAUCGAAUAUCACUUUUAAUUGAUGCUCUUAAACUUGCAGCCAAUCAUUUUGUUAAAGCAAAUCUUUCUUUUGAUGCACCAUCGACAUUUGCUCUUUCUAUUUAUUCAUUAUUCUAUUUAUUGUAUUUAUUAUAUCCUUAUAAUCUUCGUCGUGAACUUCAACCAGAAUCUAUACAAUCGACUAAUAGCAAUGAAAAACCAACUAAUCGAUUGGGUAUAUUGAACGAGUUUUAUUGCAUUGUAUGUGGCACAUCGGAUUCUGAAAAACAAGAGAAUCGUUGGCAAAAUGAAUCUUGGCAACAAUUAAUUGCAAAUGGUGAUCGUUAUAUUGUAUCUGAUGAUAUAUCUCCAUUAUUAUCAAAUGAUUUUAAGAAACGUAAAGAAGACGAAAUAAAAAAAAUCUACAGAUCCAAGACGAAUUCAUAUUGUCAAACAUAUGAACAACAAUGGCAAACAACAAUACAAAAUGGUCAAAUAAAUCUUUCACGUGUUCAAACAUCUGAUGAAACAAAUCGACGUCAUAAUAAUAAUUAUACAAGUGGAACAUCAACAAAAAAAGAUUCAAAUUUAAAUCAUUCUAUUCAAACUGAUCAUAUUAUAUAUGCUAAAGUUGAAUUACAACUUGAUAUGUUAGAUUGUAAUUAUGAACAUGAUAAAAGAGAAUAUUAUGCUCAAUUAAUAAGAGAUUUUCAAAAGACAAUACCAAUUAAUGAAUUAGAUAAAGCAUCGAAAAAUCAAGAAAUACAAUAUGAAGAAUUAAUAAAUACUCAAGAACAAAAACGUUCAAUAAUUCAUGAUCUUCGUAAACGUAUUAAUGAAUUUCAUCAGAUGAGUGAAGCAUUUUAUAACUCAUUAUCAGCUACACACGUGUACGAAUUAAAAACAGAUGAAGAUGAUCAUUGGCAACAACGAUCUUUAUUUACUGAAAAACAAUCAAAAUUAAAAAACAAUUUACGUGAGUUAGAACAAAUGAAAACUUCAAUUGAAAAUGAAAUACGUGAACUUCAACGACGUUCAUUUCAAUCAAAACAAGAAGCUAAACAAUCUAUUGAAUUACGUGAUACAAUUGAUAAAUUAUUUGUUGAUUUAGUUGGUGCAAGAAAAAAACAUCAAUUAUUACAUAAUGCUUUAUUAAAUGUUAAAUUUAAAUCGAUUGAUGCAGAAAAAUUAUAUGCUAUGUAUCAAAAUGAAGAAGAACAUGAAAAUGAAGAUUUAUUAAUAUUAGAUGAAAAGAAAAAGAAAUUUGAUGAAUAUAAACAAAUACUUGACAAACAAUCUGUUUUUCUUGUUGUUAUCAGUUUUCAUAGUACAAUGAGAACCUUUGAUCAUGCUAAAUAUUUUUAUUAUGAUCAUGAUAUGUAA